AUGCCCCCAAAAGCUGACUGGGAGAAAUACGAAAAGAAGGCCGACGACAAGGCUGAGGAGAAGAUUGUCGCUCUGGAUGACAGUGACAUCCAAAUCCUCAAGACAUACGGACAAGGUCCGUAUGCCUCGAAAAUAAAGUCGACAGAGGCAGAUAUCAAAGAGAUACAGAAGCGAAUAAACGAGAAGCUUGGCGUGAAGGAGUCUGAAACGGGUCUAUCGUCGCCGAACCUAUGGGACCUUCCUGCAGACCGACAACGAAUGAGUGAAGAUCAUGCGCUGCAGGUUGCUCGGUGUACGAAGAUUAUUCCUGUGGAUGCUGCGAAAGCCGAAGCGGCGCGGUCGGUGAAUCCCCCUGGUGCGCCUCAAGGGCAGAAGGGUGCGGACGAGCAAGAUCAGUACGUUAUCAACAUCAAGCAGAUUGCGAAGUUCGUUGUUGGUCUCGGGGAGCGCGUGGCUCCGACAGAUAUUGACGAGGGCAUGCGAGUUGGUGUCGACCGAACGAAGUAUCAAAUACAAAUACCACUUCCUCCCAAGAUCGACGCCUCGGUGACAAUGAUGCAGGUUGAAGAGAAACCUGACGUGACGUAUUCAGAUGUUGGCGGCUGCAAAGAACAGAUAGAGAAACUUCGAGAAGUCGUAGAGACGCCGCUACUUUCGCCCGAACGUUUCGUCAAACUUGGUAUCGACCCACCGAAAGGUGUACUACUCUUUGGCCCUCCUGGUACCGGAAAGACGCUAUGCGCGCGUGCUGUCGCUAACCGAACAGACGCUACAUUCAUCCGUGUCAUUGGUUCAGAAUUGGUGCAGAAGUAUGUCGGUGAGGGAGCUCGUAUGGUCCGUGAACUCUUCGAGAUGGCACGGAGCAAGAAAGCGUGCAUUAUCUUCUUCGACGAAGUCGAUGCCAUCGGUGGUGCGCGGUUUGACGAUGGUGCUGGUGGUGAUAACGAGGUGCAGAGGACGAUGUUGGAGCUGAUUAACCAACUGGAUGGUUUCGACCCGAGAGGAAACAUCAAGGUGUUGAUGGCGACAAAUCGACCGGAUACGCUUGACCCUGCUCUGCUGCGUCCUGGGCGGUUAGAUCGUCGGGUAGAAUUUUCGCUACCAGACAAUGAAGGUCGGGCACAUAUCCUUCGGAUCCACGCGCGGAGCAUGAGUGUCGAGCGAGACAUACGGUUCGACUUGAUCGCUCGACUAUGUCCGAACACAACAGGAGCAGAGUUGCGGUCGGUGGCCACCGAGGCCGGCAUGUUUGCGAUUCGAGCACGGCGGAAGGUUGCUUCAGAACGAGACUUCCUCGACGCGGUUGAGAAGGUGGUCCGGCAGGGGACCAAGUUCUCCAGCACGUCGUGGCGAUGUUACUCGCAGCUGCUGGACACUCGACGGGCCCCCGAACCAUCGUCUGCAGAGGUCGCUCAGCUGCUCACAAAGUACGCGGCACACGCCCCGCUCUCCAUCAACCUCGCUACACUCCUGUCAUUCGGGCGGCCUCUCACGCCAGAAUCAAUCUUAUCUUCAGUUCAGUAUGCGCUCUCAGAGAUACCCAGGAGGCUGGCGACGCGAGUACGGUCGCUGGAGUCCUUGCCUUUCAUUGUCGGCACGAACCCGUAUGUCGCAAAGACGCUGAAUGCGUACAGGGAGAGUUUUCAGCUGCUAGCGACGUACCCUCAUGUUGGCAGCUUGGACGAGAACGCGAAAUUCGUCAGUAUGCUUGCCGAGCUGGUGCGAAGGCAUGCCAAUGAUAUACCGACCAUGGCGAAAGGCUUCCAAGAGUGCGCCCGAUACAUGUCACCGGUGCAGAUCAGCACCUUCCUUGAUGGCGCGAUUCGCAGCCGAAUAUCUGUUCGGCUCAUCGCAGAACAGCACAUCGCCUUGUCCGAAGCUUUGGGCAAUCCAGAGGGGGAUCCCACUUGUUCCGGAGUAGUAGACAUGGACUGCUCGCCGAAGGAAAUGAUCAAGAUGUGCGGGUCCUUUGUCACUGAGCUCUGUGAAGCAUCGUUGGGCGCCAGCCCUCGAAUCGAAAUUGAUGGCCAAGUGGAUGCGACAUUCGCAUACGUCCCGGUGCACAUCGAGUAUAUUCUCACAGAGGUCCUGAAAAACUCCUUCCGCGCGACCGUCGAGCACCACCACAGACGUCAUGGCAAUUCCUCCUCACACGAGCUCCCAUCAGUCAAGAUAACAAUCUCGCCGCAGCCUAUAAUACCCGGCCUCCCCGCAGAUACCCACAAGUUCCUCUCUAUGCGAAUCCGCGAUGAGGGCGGAGGUGUCUCACAAGCAGACAUGAACCGUAUAUUCUCAUACGCUUUCACAACGGCCGGGCGCGGGUCGCGCCAUGAAUCCUCUGAAAACGAUAUGGACAACGAUCCCUUUAUUACGGGGAAGGGUGUUCAGAUGGGCAUGGGAACCAUCGCUGGUUUGGGGUACGGAUUGCCCAUGAGCCGACUGUACGCCAAAUACUUCGGUGGUUCACUUGAUUUAUUCUCUUUCGAAGGCUGGGGCAGCGAUGUCUUCCUCAAAUUACGUUGUCUGGACGAGGCUGGGGACUCCGCAAUAUGA